CCUGCGCUGUAGUAAAACGUAACACACAGGCCUGUAACAGCAGCGCCAUAGGAGUAUUUUUUUUUUAAGGGAAUAAGGUUUUGGCUCAACCACCUGGCAUGUAGGCCAACUCAAAGUACAGUCCCAUCACAUGACUCAGGGCAAACAAACCGGGAGCAGUUUCCUGAAACAAAAUCAUAUGAGCCUGAGGAGUCCUGGAGGCAGGGAAUGAACUCCGGCUGGUUUAGUUUCAGUUCACACUGAGAUGUUUUGUUGGGAGAGGCAUGUUGUUUCUGUAGGAGUGGAGGGAUGACAGUAUCUUGUUGGCUACUUUUUGCUCUUCACCGCUUUGGAGGCGAUGGAUGCAGCGCAGCGGGGAAGGUGUUCUUCACCUGGGUGUGAUAUGAUCGCGAGUAUCGGUCGUGCAGAGGGAAGAUUCAUGGAGGGCAGCGGGACUCCGCGGCAGACGAGAGGAGAGGAGGGGAGUCCAGUCGACAUUCACCCGUCAGCUGCCACGGAUCUCCGGGAGCGGAGGAGCCUGGCGGCGGUCAGCUCCCCUGCCCUGUCAGCAGCAACCCUGGCUGUGCCUGGGGUCAUGGACGCUGAGGGGAGGGUGGACGAGUCAAGACUCAGGAUGCACAUCUUCAAAAAUGGUGGUGUGUCUCCCUCUGAGCGUGGCCUGGUGUGGCGUUUCCUGUUUGGCAUGUACCCCUGCAGCUCAACAGCCCUGGAGCGCCCUCUGCUGCAGGAGCAGCUGGCCGUCCGUUACCAGAUCAUGAAAACUAAGUGGCAGCAGUUCCUUCCUUCAGCCAUACGGAUGCGCCUCAACGGCACUGAUGCUGAGUUGGUUGCAGCAGUCGGGUACUUUGACCAGAGACAGGCUCAGUCCCAGAAACAGGUUCAAGACCAGACUGAUGAGCUCAGGGACCGGCUGGCUUUCCUGAAGCUCCAGGCCCAGGUGUUGUUUGAGCGGGUCACAUUUGAUCUGGAGGAGCUGCAGGAGGCCAUAAGAAUCAUUGACAAGGAUGUGCCUCGAACUACCAGAGACCUGACCUAUUACCUGGGUGAAGGCUCGGGCAAUCUCUUGGUCUUGAGGGAUAUCCUCAUAACUUACGCGGCUUUUCACCCAGAGGUCAGUUAUGCCCAGGGAAUGAAUGAUCUGUGCAGCCGCUUCUUGGAAGUCCUCGACUCUGAGGUGGACACUUUCUGGAGCUUCUCGUACUACAUGGAGAAGUUCUCCAAGGACUUCAGGGCUGAUGGCCUACAUAGGAAAAUAGAGUUAGAGGCAGCCCUGUUGAAGGAGCUUGACCCACAGCUUCAUGCCCACUUGGCCACAGACAACAUGGAGAGCUUCACCUUCUGUCACAGAUGGCUGCUGCUGGGGUUCCAGAGGGAGUUUGAACACAGUGAUGCUUUGCGUUUGUUUGAGAUCCUCAGCUGCGACCACUUAGAGCUCAUCUCGCAGCAGGUAGACCGUGCCCGCUAUCAGGAGAGGCUGGCACAAAAACACAGCACAGAGGAUAAUCCAGGAUCAGAGCCCCUAGCCAUCAACACCGACUUUACCUUUGAGCUCUUCAUCUGUGCAGCCAUCCUGUUGGAAAACAGAGAGUCUCUGCUGAGGUGCCGAGAUGACGUACAGCUGCUCCAGUUUGCUAGCAGCCUUCAGGGAACACUGGACUUAAACAGCACGCUGAAGAAAGCGGAGCAGCAUUUCUACAACUACUGCAAGCGGCAUGCUUGGGACUAUAUGAAUGGCUGCUGUAGGACAAGGAAGAGCAAAGAAGAUCACUUCCUUUAUCAGCUGCGUAGUUUAUUUCUUUGAUGAGAUUGCUUCUGCUGAAUUCAUGACAGCGAGAGUCAGAUUCAUGUGAAAUUUGACUCACAACAAGGGACCUACAAUGCUGACAAGGGGUUGUUUUUUAUGGCACAUAUUGUUUGUCUUAUAGUCUUUAUACUCCUGAGGGAAAUACCCUAAGGUGUUGAUGCUGCUUACCUUGAAUUCCAUAGGAUUACAUUAUCAAAUAUUACUGUUUAUCAUACAGUAAAUGCAUUUAUUGUAUGGUAUGGUGGACCUAUAAAUAAUUUAAGCUUUAGUUAAGUUCUUUUUUCUCUCUCUCUCAAAGUUUUUAAGAAAUUACCUCAGAAUCAGAUCUAUGAAAAAUGAAUGUUCUUGGCCAUGUGCAGCCACUGGAAGAAAACAGCUACUUGAGAGGCACGUGUUGAACACUGAGAUAUGGUGUGUCGCAACAGUCUAUCACUAGUGGGUGUUGUAUCUAAUGCCAGACGGCACAUGUGUCAAAGAGGCCUAUGUAACCAGAGUAGUAUUACACUAUUUUAGCUCUAGCAGAGAGGGAGGGGGCAUGUG